AUGCCAUUGCAAAAGGACAAUUUUCUUGUGUGGGAACAGGAUUUCUCGAAGAAACGAGCACCUAGAGACGAUCUGGAGAGGUCGGAGAGCGACCUUGAGAUCGGAGGUGUUGGACUCGAGGUCGAAGAGAGCCUGGGCGAUGCUCGACUCGAGCUCGGAGGGGUUCUGCCUCGAGGGGCUGUUGGGAGCGAUCUUGUUAAGGGCCUGGGCGCUCAUUUUGACGGCUGGUUCGACUACGUGGAUUGA